AAAGAAAGGAAUAGUUAGAAGUUAGUUUUUGAGUUCAAACAAUUUGGAGGCAUCCUCAACCAUAGGGAUGUCCAAUUCAACAGAACAUCAACCGUUGGAUCUUUCGUUUUUUGGCGUAGGAUCCUCAGUUGAGUACACGUGCUGCUAUCCCUUCCUCCUUUACCUCUUUUUAUCUUUGCUUCCAUGCAUGGAUUUCUCCUCCAAAUAUAGUCUUGUGUUUGUGUAAGAAAAAAGAAUGAUGAAAGAGAAAGAAAAACAGAGAGAGAAAACAGAGUACUUACAAACUAAAGUAUACUAAACUAUAAACCGUUCUCUUUCAAUUUUUUUUUUUUAAUGAUUUUGGAUUGAUAGUUGAUCGCCAUCAUUAGCAACAAAGUUGGCAUAUACUCUUUCUCAUCAAAUGUGAAUUUUUAUUUUGUAGUAUUAAUAUAUACACAAAGUUAGUAGUGAAGAAGGAGAGAGCUAAUAGAGAGGCAGACUUCACUACCACUACAUGUUUGCCAGCUAUUCACUCUUUCUCUCCUUCGACAUAUCAGAUCUUGUUUCUUGACCCCAAGAAUUCUGAAUUUUCAGUUGCACGAACAGCAAAUUCAACAACCCUUUUUCUUGUUUGAUGAGAAAAUUUCAAGAUCACCACUUGGAUUUAUCACUUCAGAUUUCAACUCCCAAUUCUGUUUUUUUCUUAUACUCUGUUUUUUUUUGUUUUUAAUCAUAAGUUACAAUGAGAUCAAAGCUGUAGCUUUUCUCUGAUUUUUCUAAGCUUAUUCAGUGCAAAUUAGGAAGACCCUUUUGGUGAUUUCUUUUUUUGUGCUCUUCUCUGUUUGCACUGAAUUCGAGUCGUAUUCGAUGGAAGAAGAUCAAGAAAUGAAGCAUUUGUGCAAGUUUUGUGACAAAAGCUUCCCAUGUGGAAGAUCCUUAGGUGGUCACAUGAGGUCUCAUUUGAUCAGUGUUCCAGAUGAAUCAAAUGAGAAGAUUAUGAAGAAAAAGUUACCAUCAAUACCAUCAUCAUCAUCCAUCUUCAAAAAUAAUGGUGGUGCUGCUAAUACUAAAAAUGAUGCAGCAGCAGCAAAAGAAGCUGGUCAAAUUGCUUAUAGUCUGAGAGAGAACAGAAAGAAAACUAGCAAGUUUGCAAAUUUGAGUGAGGAUAAUUCAGUUGAGAGCAAAGUUUGCAAGGAAUGUGGCAAAGGGUUUCCAUCUUGGAAGUCUUUGUUUGGUCACAUGAAGUGCCACUCUGAUAAAGUCACACACAAAGCUACUACCUUGGAAGAAGAUGAGAAUUCAAGUGGUUCUGCUAGUCUUCAUCACAAGCUGAUCAUGGAUAGCCAAUCUGAUAAUGAAACAGCUGCUCCAAAAAUCAGGAAGCAGAGAUCAAGAACUCAAAGGUACAAAGCUGCUGCUAGAAGUACUACUUCUACUAUUUUAACUGUUAGUGCUGCUUAUUCCCAAUGUGGUUCUGAGGUUGAGAAUGAACAAGAAGAGGUUGCCAUGAGUUUGAUUUUACUAUCAAGGGAUGUUAGUAACUGGGAUGGUCCUAAAUCUGUUUGCGUCGAGUCGUCCGAUAACAAUUCUGAGCUUUUGAAAUCCAGCAAUAAUCUUGCUUCUUCAAGCUUGAUCAAGUCUAAGAUGAAGAAGCUUGAUUCAUGUAAAUUAGCUUCAAGGAAAGAGUUCACAUUUUUGAAGAAUGACGCAGAAGUUUCUCCAGCUGAUGAUGCUUUUCUUGGAGGCAACUUAAUUGUCACAACAAAGGGUCAUAAAGUAGUAGAAGUGGAAACUGAAUCAACUGAUCAAUUCCAGCAGUCUAAGCAUAAAGUGGAUUUGGGUAAGAAUUUGUCUGAGGAAAGUCAUAUGAAUAACAACAACAAUCAUUCCGAGUUGGAAUCCAGCAGCUGCAAGCAGAAUUCAAGCAAAAGAAAGUAUAAUUCUUUCACUAUGAAACAUGAGCAUCCAGCAGAACUGAUUUCAGAUUACUCAACCAAGCUUCAAUCUUUUGGUGCUGCUUCUGAUUCUGAUCAGUUGCUUUACCAUCAGGUGGGCUCUGAUAGAAAGAGCAAGUUUGAAUGUACAACUUGCAAUAAGUCCUUUCAUUCUUAUCAAGCUUUAGGUGGUCAUAGAGCUAGCCAUAAGAAGCUCAAAGGCUGCUUUGGUUCCAAAAUUGAUAGCAGUGAGAACAGCACUGAAACCGAAAUCUCUCCGAAUCAAACGGCAGAUAGCAAACUCAUCAUCAGCAAAUCAUUCUGCAAUGACAAGUCAUCAGUUCAUGAUGACUCUGGUUUCAAGGCGAAACUCGAAAUUCCCGCAACUGAUUCUUUGUCCAAGGAGAUUAGUAUGGAUACUGCAGAUUAUUGUUUCAAGAAAAACAAAGGCGCCGGCGCCGGCAGCAGCCAUGAAUGUCCAAUUUGCUUCAGGGUUUUCCCAUCAGGGCAGGCCUUAGGUGGUCACAAGAGGUCACACCUAGUUGCCGAGAUGAAAAGCAACCAAGCCGCCGCCGGCGCUGUCAUUAUCCCGAAGAAAAUCCCUGAAAUCAGAGACUUUCUUGAUCUCAAUUUGCCUGCUCCAGUGGAAGAAGAAACCACUGAAAAAGUCUACUUCAAUUCAUGGUGGAUGAUGCCAAGCAACCACAAGCAAGAGCCUUUACUCGGGAUGCUCUAAUUAACUCAUUCAUCAUUCAUCCUGCUAAAGAAACAAAAAACGCUUCUUUCUAGCCUGAUCAAUUCAAGUGUACAGAUUCAUUGAUUCAUUCUAUCAUUCAACUGUCCACACCCCAGUAACAACCAUUCCAUUUGGCUACUAAAUUAGCCUCUAAGAAGCUCAUUCAGCACUCACACACCUUAUUCAAUUUUUCUUUUUGGUUUUUUUUUUUUGUUUUUACCACAGAAAUGUUACACUCAUUUGGCUAAUUUAAGUUGUACACUCUUUCAUUACUUUUCCAUUUUCUUGAUGGAGAUAUGAUACAACAGAUAUUAAUUCUUGCACUUUUGAGUUCCAUGCAUUUCUCUCAUUUACACUACUUAAUAUUGAAACUGUGAAAAAAAAAAAGAAAAAAGAGUAGGAGUAAAAACUAAUAUCUGGAGAUGCAAUAAUUUUUACUUAGGAUUGAAGAAAAAGUGAAGAAGUGAUCAGGGGGUGUUGAAAAAAUUGAACAAAAGUCUCCAAAAGUGAUGAGAUUGAAGACAGUUUUUUUAAAAAAUAUUUGGACAUGAAGAUGAGUGGCAAAGUGAUGAGUUCAUGGUGGUUGUUUAGUCACCAACCAUAAAACACCUCACAAACAAAACCAUCCUAAUUAAACACUGUAUUAAUCUGUACUUUAAUGUUGUUAAUUUAUUCUUGUAUCUCAUAUGGGAUGUUUCUUUACAAUUCUAAAGAGGGGAAGACAAAUAUAUUUAGUAUGGAUAAAGUGGCAUUCUACUAUGAAUUCAGUGUGGAAGAAUUGGCUUUGUCAGAUCUCUUCUACUCCUAAUAUAUUUUAUAAAGAGCUCAAAAGGUCUUGGUCUUUCUACUACCCCUGCACAUAUACAUA